AUGCAUAUCCGUUCGCUCGCCUCCGUGGCCGUCGUGGCCUUCGCCGCCCAGGCUUUCGCCCAACAGCAGACCAAGGUCUUCAAGCGCAGCAUCAUCACCCCCUCAAGGGACUUCGGCCUCAUGCGCCGCGCCGACGGUGGCUACCAGCCCGCGGACGAGGUUUGCAACAAGGGCGGAAACACCUGCGCCGAGGCUUGCGGAACCGGCUACCAGCAGUGCAAGUCCACCGACCAGGCCGUCCACUGCUACAACCCCGCCGCCGGCGAGACCUGCUGCUCUACCAACAACGGAAACUCCUGCCUGUCCUCCUUCUACUGCACCCACGACCCCAGCGCCGAGACCAUCUGCUGUCCCAACGGCCUCAACCUCGGUGACUGCGCCGCCAAGCACGGCGUCACCGGCGCCCUCACCUCCGACGUCCCCGUCCCCACCACCACCUCAACCACUCAGGCCCCCACGAGCACUUCCGUCGCCCCGACCACCACCUCGACGUCCUCCGCCCCGCCUACGUCUUCUUCCGUCGUCGUCGUGACCACCUCGUCUUCCUCUUCUUCGUCAUCCGUCGUCGUGAGCACCACCGCCUUCGUCGCCGAGACCACGAGCUUCGUCCCCAGCGCCGGCACCAGCAGCGCCUUCUCCGCCGCCAACAGCACCCUGGCCUCCACCACUCGCGGCGCCAGCACGAGGGUCCCUACCCCCACCGCGUCUGCCGACCCGUCCGCGCCCGACCAGAACGCCGGCGCCCACAACGGCCCGGCCGGUCUCGCCAUCAUCCUCGGUGCCGCGUUCGUCGCCGCCCUGCUGUAG